AUGAAAGAAAUAACGUCAACGCCUACCAGAACUAAAAAGUUCCGAAAAGCAAUAUCGUCAGCCAAAAAAGUACCAAUUGCGAGAAAAUACACACCACAAGAAGCAUUAGCGUUAUUUGUAGAAGGUAAUUUUACAAUAGGGCAGUGGGAAUUAUUACAAGGUGGCCGAAAAGAAAUUUAUCCUUGCUAUUCGCUUUUACAAAAAGCGAAAAAGGAGUGUUAUCCCGCCGAAGAUUGCAUAAAAGUUACUGAAACUAGCUUCGAAGUGGAACUUCAAGCUUUGCUGGACCACACGGCUUUGCGACUACUUCAGUAUUUAAAAGAAGUGAUUGAAAUAUUAUCAGAGUUGGAGAAACAACAUCCUACCUUAAUAUCAAAAUGGAGCUGUGAUGGAUCUAAUCAGACACAGUUUAAGCAGACAUUUGCCAAUACUGGUGACGAUGAUGACAAUAUAUUUUUAAGUUUUCUUGUACCUGUGAGAAUGGUUGUUUCUAUUAAUGGAGAGACAAGAAAAAUUAUAUGGAAAAAUCCAAUGCCUUCUUCGGUGAGAUUCUGUCGUCCUAUCCGGGCUCGGUUCACAAAACUAAGGAUAUCACAAAGGAAGAAAUCACCUAUAUAG